CCCAUCCAUUUCUCUGUUUAUGUCUACUCGAAUAUUGCAGAAGCAUCGGAAUUGGAGAAAUCCCUAGAAAUCUCUGCCCUAAAUUACUACUCUCAUAUAUCUCAAUAGAAGCCGAGUUCUUUUAAUUCGAUAGAGAUAUACUCGGAUUUCUAUUUUUAUUUCAAAGACUUCGGAAUUGUAUCUCGUUGUUCUACUAUUUGUGACUAGCGAUGACUAUUAGGUAAUGUAACUUGAAGCUGUACGAAGGAAGAAGUUACUUCUCAAUCAUAUGUCUGCGCUGGAUUUUCCUCUUUCUUACCCAUGAAUUUGUAAUUCAGUAUCUACUUCGCAGUAACAGAAUGGAAGUUCUUUCAUGUUUUACACCUUAUUCUUCUUCUUCAUCUCUCCAUCAUGUUUCAUUCAAGUUCAUGCGUUCUCCACCUAAGCCAAGUACAUAUUCAGCUGUUGCUCGUAUGAACACUUGUGGACUUCCAAAGAAAAGUUUAGUCAUUGCAAGGCUCCAAUUGGACCGCAGAACUGAUUUCAUUGGACUAAAUAAUGGGAUGAAUUUGCAAAAGCAAUGUCAACUCCUGAGAAAUAUUGUUGUCAGAUCCGAACUUGCUGGAGCUGGGUCUCACAGUGCCGCGUAUCCGACAGCUGAGUUCCAAUUGGGAUCCAAAAUCAGAGGACUUUGUUUUUAUGUUGUAGCUUCCUUGAGUGCUGUUGUUCUUUUUGUGUUGAUGGCUGUUGGACAUCCUUUAGUUAUGCUUUUUGAUCGACAUCGAAGAACUUGGCAUCACCUUAUUGCUAAGAUUUGGGCAAGUAUAACAGGAUAUCCGUUUCUGAGUGUUGAAUUUGAGGGUUUAGAGAAUCUGCCUGCUCCUAAUACCCCUGCUGUUUAUGUGUCCAACCACCAAAGCUUCUUGGAUAUUUAUCCUCUUCUGAUUCUCGGGAGAACUUUCAAGUUUAUAAGCAAGACCUCGAUAUUUUUAUUUCCAAUCAUUGGAUGGGCCAUGUACCUUCUAGGCACAAUUCCGUUGAAGCGCAUGGACAGCAGAAGUCAACUGGAUUGUCUUAAGCGCUGUAUUGAUCUAGUAAAAAAAGGCGCAUCCGUCUUUUUCUUUCCAGAGGGUACUCGGAGUAAAGAUGGGGCACUUGGUACUUUUAAGAAAGGUGCAUUUAGCGUUGCUGCAAAAACAGGAGUCCCUGUUGUACCCAUAACUCUAAUUGGAACAGGCAGCCUUAUGCCAGUAGGAAAAGAGGCCUCACUGCAUUCUGGAGUGGUGAAAGUUGUUAUUCACAAGCCUAUAGAAGGAAACAACCCUGACAUAUUGUGUGAAAAAGCAAGGAAUUCUAUCGCAGAUGCGCUCUCUCAUCGUGGCUAAGAAUCGCAGCUUGAAAACAUGAUAUAUAUUAUAUGUUUUGGGAUACUCACUUCUAACUUCUGCUGCCAAGCAAAUUCAGUUUAUUUGAAAGGUAUAGAAGCCAUUUUCAUCUUUGGCCAGGAGGUGAUAGUUGUCGACUCUCAAAUUUUCUCUAUUGAGAACAGUAAACACUAGCAACAGUGGGAGAUGUAACAAAAAGAGGAUUGAAAGGAAAUAAAAUCAGAAGAAGACUAAUUUUGGCUGCAUUCUUGCUUUAUUUUUGUUAGACGUCUAGUUUUUUUGGUUCAUGCUACAAGGAUUGAACAAUAAUUGACGUAUCUCUAAACUUUUCUGA